AUGGCAAAAUCAAGGGCAGAAAUACAAAAAGCAUAUAGACAAAGAAAGAAAGAAAAAGAUAACGAUGCUUAUUUAAGAAAAGAAAGAGAAAGAAGGAGAAAAUCAUACGUGCUGUCUGGUGAACUUACUUCAAGAGAAAGAAAUAGGAGGAAUGAGAAGAACCGACAAAACUUAUCAAGACAUAGAGAAGAGAACGAAGUCCGUAACAAUUCAUUAGAUUCUAGUGGAUAUGAUAGUGGUACUGCCUCUAAGUCACAAAAUUCUCCACUUAUCGUCAAUAUGCCUUUUAUAUUACCUAAUCGUCGAAAUGGUGCUAGACGCAGAACAAGUUGA